UACUAAAUGAUACACCAAACGAUAAAAUCGAGAGAAGGAGGGGUAGUAUUUCCCUAACUAACCUUUUCUAGUUUUUAUUUUCACCGUAUUAGUUGCUGAGGUAACGCACUAGUUGAACGAGAUAUAGUGGGCAGAUGUGAUGUACGCUUCCGUUAAUUAUAAAUAGGACAAAUUUAUCCAAUUAGUUUGUUGUGAUUCGUAUAGAUUUAUCUUCAUAUAAACUCAUGCAAAAAGAUUCAAGUAUAUGAGUGCAUAUUAAAUAAAUUCGAAUUUUCGCAUUUAAUAGUUCAGUAAAAAGCUCACAAUCAAGAAAAAAUUAACUAAAAUAAUGACGAGACACGCGAGAAAUUGUACUGCUGGCGCUGUUUAUACUUAUCACGAGAAGAAAAAAGAUGCAAGUGCUUCAGGUUACGGUACCAAUACACAAAGAGUUGGGAAAGAUUCUGUAAAGGAUUUUGAUUGUUGUUGCCUUACUUUACAACCUUGUAGAGAACCUGUAGUAACAAAAGAUGGUUAUCUCUUUGAUAAAGAAGCGAUAUUAGAGUAUAUUCUAACGAAGAAAAGAGAAUAUGGUAGAAAAUUAAAAGAAUAUGAAAAACAGAAACAUAAGGAAGAGGAGGAGUUACAUGAACGAACUGUAAACGAGGAGCUAUUAAAAUUGCAAAACUUUUUAAAAAGUGAAAAAAAUAUUGUUUCAAGGACCAAAUCCAAAACAAAUCAAUCAAAUACGUCGGUUUCAAAUAUGAGCAACGGAAAAGAUAAAGCAUUACCUAGUUUCUGGAUUCCUUCUAAAACACCCGAAGCAAAAAAAAUAAAAUUACAAAAGCCUAAUAAAACAGUUUAUUGUCCUCUCAGUGGUAAACCUUUGAAACUAAAUGACCUUAUUUCUGUUAAAUUUACUGAAGUUAAAGAUCCAGAUGAUAACAAGUCACUUAUAGUAAAACAAGCACGAUAUAUGUGUCCUAUUACUCAUGAUAUUUUGAGUAAUAGUGUUCCUUGUGCAGUAAUUAAAACAACUGGUCAUGUUAUCACAAUGGAGUGUGUUGAAAAAAUAAUAAAAAAGGAAUGGAUUAAUCCAUUGGAUGGUUCAAAAUUAACAGAAGCAGAUAUUAUAUGUCUACAAAGAGGUGGCACAGGUUAUUCAGCUGUAAAUGACUCUUUAGAAGGUAAACACGAAAGACCAGUAUUGCAAGCUUAAAUAUAUAAAAAAUAAUUUGGUUGUAAAUAUGUAAUUUAUAAAAUUUACAAUAAAAAAUGUAUUAAUCCAACAA